AUGCGUUCUGCUUCGCCUUUGCUUUGUGGACGACGCAUGUUUCUUGCUGCCAUUGUGGUAGCUUCCAAGUUCCUCCAGGACCGCACGUAUUCCAAUCGGACAUGGUCCAAGAUAUCCGGCUUGGGAACACAGGAAAUUGAUCAACUCGAACGCGUCUUCUUGAAAAUGAUUCGUUAUGACCUUGUCGUAAACCAUGCACAGUGGAUGAAGUGGACAGCUGAACUUUCUUCGCCACAUGUAAAAUCCUCAUGUAUCACUGCUAGCACAGGACAAUCUGCUGUGAAUCCCACCAUCUUUUCUCCUCCUCGUCUCCAUCGUGUUACAUCAGAAAAUGUCAUUGGUCAAGCGCUUCAAUUUGAUUCAUUGCUAAAUGAACCUCAACACAAUAUGGGUCGUGGGAAAAGGGCUUUUUUGCGUCAUGGAUCCAGUUGUUAG